AUGGCUAUACGACGAAUCAAUGAUGGAUACAUUGAUUGUUUAUUCGGUGUGGAUGAGCAAAAUGAUCAGUACAAUAUUACUCUUCCAUAUCGUUAUCGGUGCUCUGAUUUAUCCAUUAUACAAUAUGUUAGUUAUCAACAAUUGGGUAAUGGAAUAGAAGAAUGUGCAGAUGGAAGUGAUGAACUUUCUAAUGCGUUAAAUUGGUAUUAUUUUCGAUGCGAUUAUGGAGAAGAAUAUCCUUGUUGGGUAUUUCGUAGUGCAUAUAUUGAUAAAAUUGAUCGUGUUAAUAGUAUGCAACUACCAUUUCAUCGAUACUGUGAUUCAGUACGGGAUACAACAGAUGGACAUGACGAAAAAAAUUGUUCUCAAUGGGUUUGUCCUCAAGAUAUGCAUCAAUGUCGAACUACUGGACAAUGUAUUAAUAAAGAUGAUUUAUGUGAUGGAGAUUUUGAUUGUGGCAAUGGUGAAGAUGAACUAAAUUGUUCCGCAGCAAAAUCUCGAUGGAUACUUGAAGCUCAAUGUGAUAAUACUAAAGAGCAUUUUUGUAUCACGCAACACUUUCUUAUUAAUCAAACAUUGCAUCGACCUUGCAUAGAUUAUUGGAAAGCAGGUGAUGAACAACUUGAUUGUAUUGGAGGACGAGAUGAACGAAAUGUUUUUGUUUGCCUUGAUCAUAAUAUAUUAGGUGAUCGAUUUCUAUGUGAUAAUGCAACAAAGUGCUUAUCACAUACAGUUGUAUGCAAUGGUAUUACCGAUUGUUAUGAUCAAACAGAUGAACUGAUCUGCUUUUGGACCAGACAUAAUUGUUCGAGAAACUACUUCCCUUGUUAUGAUAAUAAAACUUGCAUACCUGGUCGUUGUCUUUACAAAGCUAAUUGUCCUAAUAAUGAAAACUUAUUUUGGUGUCCAAAUCCAUAUGAAAGUAAUUAUAGAAUAAGUAAAGUUCGACGUCGUUCCAACUAUCUGUUAUUCUGUGGUAAUGUAGAAUUCUUUAACAUAUCCGCAGCGUUAGUAACAGGUAUUCCGUUCAAAAGUAUUUCUAAUCCACAAUUCUAUGGAUAUUGCAAUCGUGGUUUCUACUUAUUAAGUGGAAACGGAAAAGAACCUGUUUGCUUCUGUCCACCUAGUUUUUACGGACAUCGUUGUCAAUAUGAUCGUCUUCGUGUUACUAUACGUAUUCGUUUUGAUCGUAAACAUCUUUCAGAUUUACCGCCAUUACUUCAUGUUUUGGUUUUAUUACUCCACAACAGAACCUUUAUUAUCGAUCAUCAAAGAUUUAUUGAUAUCGAUGAAGAGUUUCCACAAAAACAUAAAGCUUACUUAAUAUAUUCUUAUCCAAAUCUCAGUGGUAAUUAUUCAGUUCAAUUCCAAGCAUAUGAUGGACUUGAACUCUUGUCAGUAUGGGAAUAUUCAAUUAAUACUAUUGGAAUUCUUCCUGUAUUUCAAUUGGCUAAAAUACUUCGGUUUCCUGAUCGUUCUUUACCAUGGCGAUGUCCUCACAAUCAUUGUCAAAAUAAUGGAUCAUGUUAUAUGAUCGUUAAUAAUGAUGAGAAUAAUUAUUUUUGUCUUUGUCAAAGUGGUUGGAAAGGAAAUCUAUGUACAGAACCUCUCAAACAAAACAAGUGCUCAUUACAUGCUCUUGCUCUAGAUGAAGAUCUAUGUGUUUGUCCAUAUGGGUAUUUACCACCUCAUUGUUUCGUUCGUAAUACUAUUUGUGAAAAACAAACUUCGAUUUUCUCUUCAACAAACGGAAUCUGUUUACCUUUUUCUAUUUUACCUCCUCAUGAAUAUUGGUAUUUUCAUGAUAGCUCCAAAUCUGAUGGAUCAUCGAAAUCUAUGCUGAUGUUAAACAGACGAAAGCCUAAUGAAGAGACAUUUCUCUUACAGUUAUUGAAAAUUUCUCAAGACUAUCCAAAACUACGACAGCAAAUACUAAUACCAAAAUUAACAUCUUUUCCUAUUACCUUUAUAAUCAAUAGUAGAGAUUCAGUAUACAAUAUAACUUUACCUGAAACUGGUCUUUUGUAUACCUAUGAACGUCAGCGUGAUUUUGUGACUGUUCAUUUGAGCAUGCUCUAUAUUAAUUGUAGUAAUAGCUUACGAAAUUUUACUGCCGAUCUUAAUUCUCAGCCUUCGCAAUGUAAGUCAAUUUCUAUUCGAUCACCUAUAACACUUCUCAACACUUUCUGUUGGCAAUCUGAAGAUCAGUCAUGUUUCUAUUCACAGAAUUAUAUUUGCUAUUGUAAAAUGAAGACAAAUCGUAGCGAAUGUUUAACUUACGAACAACGAGAUGUACAGUGUGGUCAUUGUCUCAAUCAAGGUUAUUGUAUUCAAGGCAAUCUACAAAAUAGUAGUAAUUUUGCUUGUGUUUGCCCAAAAUGUGUAUUGGGUGAUCUUUGUCAAUUUGCUACUAGUCGGUUUUCUAUCGAACUUGAAAUGCUGAUAGAACAAACACAAGGCAGCCGACUUCAUUUACUUGUACCUAUUGUUUUCUUUUGUUUUGGAAUGAUCUUCAACACUUUAGAAAUUAGUACAUUUAUGAAACAAAAUGCACGGCAAGCUGGUGCGGGUCUUUAUCUUCUUAUCAAUGGUUUUAUUAGUCAAUUUGUACUUGUUCUUCUAUUAACUCGUGUCAUAUAUUUAAUUUUUGUUAAACAAAUGACACUGAGUUUGAUUACAAAUCAAAUCUUAUGUAAAUCGUUACCUUAUCUAAUGACAACUUUCAAAAACAUCAGCAUGUGGCUCAUGAGUUUUGUCACUGUCGAACGAGCUCUAGCAGUUACAUGGCCUUUACACUCACGAAUGUUUCGUACUCCUCGUUUUGCUAAACUGGUUAGCAUAGCGACACUUAUAUUGCUCUUUAGUUCUCUUUACAUGCUUAUCAUUGAGUAUAAAAUAGUCAUUCGUCCCGAUCGUUCGUACAUCAGUUGUGUCAGAGAAAUUCCAUCGCAUAAAAGAAUUAUAAUACAAUAUACAUCGCUAGCACAUCAACUUAUUCCUUUUCUUCUUAAUUUCGUCGCCGGAAGUAUGGUGAUUAUCAAUCUCGGUCGUUCUAAAGCACAUAGUCAUCAAAAACCAUCUCGUUAUAAAAUCGCUGAACAAGCUCGUCAACGAGCCGAUCUGCUUAUUGGACCGUUCAUUUGUUUCAUAUCUGCAUUACCACAACUCAUCAUAUUAUUUUUAGAUGCAUGCAACUACGAAGAAAGUACUUGGUUCAUCUAUUUAACUUUAACUACCUUUUAUAUCUCAUUUAUUCCACAGAUGAUUACGUUUUUCAUUUAUAUUAUUCCAUCACCAACUUUCAAACACGUUCUACUCACUGAAACAAAAUUUGGCCUAUAUCUUUCUAAAUUUAUACAUGUUAAAAAACCGACAGUGGCUAACUAA